CAACACCCAACCGCCCGACGGGCUAACCAGAGCUACAGCAGUCGAGUGGGUAGACCUACUGCAUUGGAAUCCACCAAAGACCUGAAACCGUUUCGCAAGACCUAGGAGUGAGCGCAAAGAGAUCAAUUGGUUUGCACUAGCUCGUUGAAAGAUAUUGGAUACUAGCACGUAGAAAGAUAUUGAAUGUUGGAGCGCCCUCUUUACAUCAGUGCGUUGCUUAUCCUGAUGACUGUCUGUGUAACACAAUAUUUGUCAUUUCCUUGGGGAUUUGUAACAUCACUAUUCUGGGAGCGUUAUCCAAAUCCAUAUGCGAAACAUGUCUUAUCUGAAGACGUGUUGGAAAGGAGAUUUCUACCAGAUGGGAAGUUGUAUACUAAACGGUUAGUAAUUAAGAUCUCGAAAAGAAUUCCAAAAUUCAUGCUGAGAUUUAUCCCAAAAGGCCAGGUUCCAGUUGUUGAGGAGUCUAUCAUUGAUGUUAAGGCCAAACGAAUAGAUGUGGUUUCGGAAAACUUUGGUUCUAGUAAAAAAUACUUGUCUGUCAAAGAGUAUUGUUCAUUGGUGCCAUCAGAAGAUGAUCAUUCUGCAACACAGUUUGCAAGAAUACUUAUACCGGGAUUUAGCUUAAAAGGUUUUUUACGCUCAGCUGUUAUGAAAGCAGCUCACUCUUACUACAACUCCUCAUCUAAAGAUACAUAUAUGGGAUACAUGCAUAUCUGUAAAAUGUACAGUAACACUUGCCAUUCCCAAAAAUCAAAUCUGCAAGCAAACGAUGUACCUAGAAGUUCAGUACGGGCUGGUGGUACGCGUGAAUUCACUUCAUCCAAACUACCUUAGGUGGUCGUGGCCGAUUCUGGAUCGAAUAAAUGAUUUGAAAAGGAGACAAAAUCAGCUAUCAUUUUAAUUUUUCUUACCUUUAGUCGCAGUUUCCCAAUUAUAGGAUAAAUUGCUUCUCUUUGGCGCUUUUGAGAUGUAUGAUAGACACGUUAGUUUCAUUGUUUGUAAACACCAAUGUUUUCUACUAUUGGACUACCUAAUAUUCUAGAGGAUUCAACAAUAAACCUAAUAUUAAAGUAUCGUUUUUCAUUUCAUUGUUUGGCUUGGAUAUUAAACGAAAUACUGUUUGCAUUUCUUGUAGUUAAUUUUAAGAAAUAGUUAAAAUCUUACUGUAUUUUGAAUCAUGGAGUCCUGUAAUUCACAGUAAGAGUUGCUUAUCCUAUAUGUGGUCAAGGGUUCAUGCUACUGAGUUUUGGAUAAGGAUUCGUGAUUUUGUUAGUUCUCCCCGGUUUUCUUCAAAUCAUUCCAAUAUCUCACCAACCAGUUCAUCAGCUAACUUUUUUUUCACCGGUCUAUUACUAUCCGUUGUUAACAGCAUCCGAAGCCGUUACCAAAAAGAACACUAAACCGUCACUAAAAAUAACUACUGAUUCGCUACUUUUUAUUAAUAUAAGAGUAAAACUUGGGCACUGUGGUCGAUUGUAAUUCCAUUUUAGUCUGUUUGUUAGAAAUAUCACACAGUGAAACAGUAGCAUUUACUGGAUAACGUUUCGUACACAAUUUAUUGUCCAUAUUCAUAUCAGGUA